GCUCCACAAAGCUGCCCCGAGGCGUUGAGGCCCGGCUCCCCGGGGCUCAUGGAACCGCCACGGGAGGGCGGCGGCGGCGUCCCCGAAAUGGCGGCGGCGCUGCGGGCCGCCAAGCGGGCGCUGCGAGCGGAGAUGCGGCAGCGGCUGCGGGCGCUGGGCACGGCGGAGAAGCAGCGGCAAUCCCGCCUGCUGAGCCGCAAGGUGAUUGGGCAUUCAAGGUACCAAGAAUCCAAAAGAAUUGCAAUCUUCCUGAGCAUGCCAGAUGAAAUCCAGACAGAAGAAAUCAUUAAGGACAUAUUUAAGCAAGGCAAAGAGUGUUUCAUCCCACGUUACAAACCUGACAGCAAUCACAUGGACAUGCUAAAGUUAUCAUCAGCUGAAGACAUUUCUUCACUUACUUUGACAUCCUGGAAUAUUCUUCAGCCUAGUGACGAUGACAGUGCAAGAGAGGAAGCUCUUGCUGGUGGGGGUCUUGACCUUAUCUUCAUGCCAGGCCUUGGGUUUGAUAAAAAAGGCAACAGAUUGGGAAGAGGGAAAGGAUAUUACGAUACCUAUCUUGAAAGAUGUAUGAAACAUCCCAGUGGAAAGCCUUACACAAUUGCCUUGGCAUUUAAGGAACAGAUUUGUGAAUCUGUGCCCGUGGCAGAAAAUGAUGUCCAAGUAGAUGAAAUCCUUUAUGAAGACCACUGAAAGUAUCUUGAUACCAACCCACCUUCGGAGUGACCAACCAAAGACUUCAGAUCCAUCAAUCACAACUUUUUAAUUGUCAUAUAUGACAUUGGGAGCAAUAAAAUACAUAAUUUGUAUUCAAACAAGAAAAAAAAACACAAUGUAAAUGUGGUAAUAGUAAUGCAGAUUGCAUUGAUUUGCUUCUAAUUAGCAAAUAUCUGGAGUGAAUUCUUAUUCUAGAAUCAAUAGAAAUAAGAAUAUAUGACUGUUUUUGCAGUAGGAAUCAUUUCUUCUCAUCAUACUUGUGAGGAACAAGCUACUUGAUACCUAACAGUUUUAUUAUUCCAGUUUCAAAGUGAACCAUCUACUGAUGACAUUUCUUGAUCCAUUCUGAUAUUUGUUAUGGCAAACGUUCUUAGUACUGAAAUAUUAUGUGCAUCUUGUGAGCAAAACAAGAAACCAUCAGAUAAGUCGUAGAGUAAGCUGGGCCAAAACUGGUGAUUCAAAGUAAGUUUUAAUUGAUUUUAGUGUAUGCAAGUAAUGUUGGUUAUUUGGCUCUGUGAUCUCAUAAUAAAAAUAGUAUCUGUUAAGAACAA